AUGGUCUUUGGAUUGGGAAGUAAAAAAGAACCGACUGAAAAUCAAAUCGAAGCUGGCGAGCCUGAGAUUGAUCGGGAUGAGCAAUUGCUUCGUGAACUUGGCUACAAGCAGGAUUUGAGCCGCUCUAUCUCUGGAUUUUCAAACUUUGCCAUUGCCUUCUCUUGUUGCUCCGUGUUGAGCGGGCUCACACCGCUAUGGGGAGAUGCCAUGGUUGACGCAGGAAGUCUAAGCGUCAUUUGGGGUUGGACGAUCACUGCAUUCUUUACAACCCUGGUUGCCAUGUCGCUUGCAGAGAUUUGCAGUGCCUUUCCUACAACGGGUGGCCUAUACUUUUGGGUUAGUCGUCUUGCCGAUUCAAGUUGGAUGCCUUUAGCAUGUUGGUUGACCGGUUGGUUCAACUGGAUAUCGUAUUCAUUCGGCAUCAGCAGCAUUGCCCUGGGUUGUAGCCAAUUCAUUGCUGGAAUCAUUCGUAUUUGGCAACCAGAAACAGAUACCUCGGUUUACGUGCAAUAUGCCAUUUUCGUGGGCAUUUGCCUCCUAUAUGGAAUCAUCAACUCCGUUGCUGUCAAACUCAAUGGCCUUAUCAACCAAGCAGCCUUCUACAUCAACAUGAUUGGCAUCCUUCUCAUUGUUAUCGUUGGCUUAGCUCUCACAAAACCUUUGAACACUGGCAGCUUUGUGUUUGGUGAAUUCUACAAUGGCUCCGGCUUCGGAAACAAUGGGUAUGCCUUCCUCCUCGUUAUUCUUCAAUCACAGUAUACGCUCUCUAGCUAUGACGGUGCUGCCCAUAUGGCAGAAGAAACCAAAAACUCGCAACAUGGCUCGCCAUUUGGUAUUCUUACAGCUGUGUUGGCCAAUGCUAUUACAGGUUUUCUCUUUUUGGUUGCCGUGAGCUUUAUGGUGAAGGACUAUGAUCGUCAAAUCUUGAGUGAUGAGGCAAUUAAGCCUGCCAUGGUGCAGGUCUUCCUUGACGCCGUUGGGCCAUCACUUACGCUUGUGUUUGUCAUUUUUAUUAUGCUAUCAAUCUUUUUUUGUGGUAGCGCUCUGACGCUUGCAGCAUCAAGGAUGGUGUACGCUUUUUCUAGAGACCGCGCUAUGCCAUGGUCAAAACACUUGCAUAGCCUCGAGAAACGUACCAAUAACCCCGUACUUGCCGUUUGGUUCAACAUUGCUGUUGCAGUGAUUGUUGGAGUAUUGUAUAUGAUUAAUAGCACAGCUUUUGAAGCCAUUGUCUCUGUCAACACUAUUGGUGCCCAAUCAUCGUAUUUCAUCCCGAUCCUAUUGAGAAUUACGGUAUCAAGGAAGACAUUCAAACCUGGCCCUUGGUCUUUGGGAAGGUUCUCGACAAUCUGUGGUGUAUUGUCUUGCUGCUGGCUCUUAUUUACUUGUGUGCUCUUCAUUUUGCCUACCGAAGCACCUGUUACAGCCGACAAUAUGAAUUAUGCCAUUGCUCCUUUUGCAUUUAUCAUGGGAUGUUCAAGUUUGUUCUUUUACUUUUCGGCCAGGCAUUGGUUUACGGGACCUGUUCGUGUCAUUGAUGGUCGAGAAGUGGUACUUGGAGACGACGAUGGUGAUUCGAUAGCACCCAAGUCGGAUCCCAGCUCAACUGAAAAUGGCUCUGUGCAUGUAGACGAGAAGAUAAUGUAG